CUUUCCCCCAAUCUCUAGAACCCUAAAACCGACAGCUUCAAUUCAAACCUGCAAUUGUAACAGUACAUCUAGAAACAGUUCAGUAAGCUCCAAAUGUCACCCCCAUAACUCCCAACUGAAGCAUUCAUUCCAACACCAUGGCCGGUCCCCUUUUACCUCAACUGCCACUGACCACCUCCAUUAAUAUGGUAGUUGUUUGUUCACUUGUAGCAACAAAGUCCAUGCAAAAUUAAACACGACUGUUUCAAGUGUAACAUCAUAAAAGUCUCCCCUCUAAUAACUCAUCAUAUCAGUACAGAUCCCCACAUCAGAUGAUGAAAUGCCGUUCCUUUUCUUCCAAGAGAUCGAGCUCGAUAUGGUAUCAUAACCUGGUACAUUAAUCGAAUAUAGCUAGGAAAUUCCCGAAAAAUGUCAUAUACGAGCCAAGAAGGUAGAUAAGGAUCUGUUAAUAAUCGACGGAAUGACAACAACAAAAAGUGAUUCACGGCUCUAAUGGACAAGAUGAUAAUCGGGUUGAGUUGAACAUCCCAAUCAAGUUCGAGCAUCUUACGUAAUGGCUGCAACCCAAAUGUAGAAUCAGUGUAUGUUAUCUGCUCUGCAAAUAUAGAAUCAUCUUCCUCAACCCCCAACUCCCGAGCCAAGGUACAAAACCAAAUCCAAAUGUCCCAUCAUUCCUCUGACGCCUUAAUUCUUUGAGACGAUCGUCGUUGCAGAAUUAAGUCUUUACUUCUUCACUUGGACUUUCUCAAGUCCCAUGCUGCCACCACUGAUCACAGUACCACUCUUCUUCCAACGUGUGUCCAGCUUCAUUAAUGGGAGAGAGCGACUGGGGCAGUUUGGCAGUGAGAAAUUCAAAGCGGUGGCUGCUAAUGUAGGUGUGUGUAACAAUGCUGUUAAGAGUGAUUCCCAGUACUAUCUUGAGAAGCCAUCUAUAAAUGCUCCCACCCACUCUCCCAACUCCAUAUAACCCUUUGCCAUAUCAGUCAAAGAACACCCAUCUCAGCUCUGUUUGUAGUGGAUCAAAAGAGGAAACAAUAUGAAGUCCAAUCCCCUCUACAUUCUUGGCUUUCUCACAGUUGCACUUGUGGCUAGCCAUGCUGCAUUACCGCCGGAACUCUACUGGAAAUCUGUCCUGCCAAACACACCCAUGCCAAAAGCUGUUAGUGAUCUUCUGGAGCCAGACUUCCUGGAAGACAAGAGCACAGCUGUGAGCGUCGGUGCCGGCGGAGUCAACGUCGACACAGCCAAAGGGAAGCCGCCAGGCGGCACAACGGUAAACGUUGGAAAGGGCAGCGGCGUGAACGUGAACACCGGCAAGGGAACUCAUGUCACCGUCGGAGGCAAAGGCGGAGGAGUUGGUGUCAACACCGGGAAGCCCGGGAGUCGAACGAACGUCGGCGUCGGCAAAGGCGGAGUUGCUGUCAACGCCGGGAAGCCUGGUGGCAGAACUAACGUCGGCGUAGGCAAAGGCGGUGUUGGCGUCAGCACCGGGAAGCCCGGCGGCAGAACAAACGUCGGCGUAGGCAAAGGCGGAGUGUCAGUACACACAGGGAAGAAAGGGAAAAGGCCCGUUUACGUCGGAGUAAAACCGGGGAAAAACCCCUUCGUGUACAGUUACGCCGCCACCGCUGAUCAACUACACGGCAACUCCAACACAGCAAUCUUCUUCCUGGAAAAGGACAUCCAUCCUGGCAAAGUAAUGAACUUGGACUUCACCGAAACCCGCCACGUGUCCACCUUUUUACCUCGACAAGUGGCCGGCUCGUUCCCAUUUUCAUCCGGAAAGCUGCCCGAGAUCCUGAACCAAUUCUCGGUCGAACCGGAGUCUCAGGAAGGCAAGACGAUGAAGAACACGAUCGAGGAAUGCGAGAGCCCCGCGAUCAAAGGAGAGGAGAAGUACUGUGCCACGUCGCUCGAGUCCAUGGUCGAUUUCAGCACCUCGAAGCUCGGCAGGAACGUGGAGGCCAUCUCUACAGAAGUGGAGGACAGUGAAGUUCAGAAGAAGCAGGAGUAUGAGAUCAAAGAUGGAGUGAAGAAGCUGCCAGGUUACAGGUCUGUGGUUUGCCACAACCAGAAGUAUGCUUACGCUGUGUUCUACUGCCACACCACCCAGACCUCGAGGGCGUACGUCGUUCCUAUGGAGGGCGCCGACGGGAAGAAGGUGAACGCAGUCGCAGUGUGUCAUACGGAUACUUCAGGGUGGAACCCCAAGCAUUUGGCUUUCCAGCUGCUGAAAGUUAAACCAGGGAGCGUUCCAGUAUGUCACUUCCUUCCUCAGGAUCAUGUUGUUUGGGUUCCCAAAAAGUAAGGUUUAUCCUGCAGUAAAAACAAAUUCCAAACACGGCCCAGUUGUAUCGGUCAGCUCAGGAUAGCUACAGUUGGAGUGUUGUAAGGUUUUCUUAUUAAUAAUGUACUCGUCAAAUUUACUACAGUCACGUUAUGUACACUUAAAAUGCUUUGCUUUCACAGUGGACGAAUAUACUAUAGUCUAUACGUUUAGUAAUAAAACAACCAGCCUUAUUUGUCUAAUUUGCAUGGGGAGUUACAGUAAAACUAAAGUACCAGUAGGAUAUCCAAGAGUAAUGAGGGAGUUUAGAUCAAAGACGUUAAUGGG